AUGAGGGAUAAUUUCUCUCAAUAUGCAUGUCGAUUAUCUAAGAAAAUAUCAUCCGAUGCUUUGUUAAAAUUGGAAAAAUUGAAUAUGAAAUUUCCUGAUCAAUUUUCAUCACAGAUAGUAAAGAUGAUUUUAUCGAGAAUUUUGUUGGAAAGUUUGGAAUCGACUGAAAAUUUUGAUUUACCCUACAAAAAGGAAAAAAUAUUACACGAAUAUGAACAUCAUGUGGGUCACUUUAAAAUGAAAUUUAAAAUUAGUGGAAUAGAAGAACCAUUGAUUGCUAGAUUCAGCAACGAUGAUGCAUAUGGAUUUUUCUUAUUUGGAUACGAUUAUACAAGCGAGUAUUACAUGUAUUUUGCAAAGGAGAGCGAUGAUCAAUUGAAUAAGAACUUUAUGAAUGGAAGUAAUAUUGAUUUAAGUGGAAUAUCUCACCAAAAACGUGCUUUUAUUUACAAGUUUAAUGGUAAAAAUAUUCCAGCUAAUGUUUGGGGAAAGCAAUACUUGUGUGAUACAAUUCUAUCCCAUAUUGUUCCAACAAUUAAGGAAUAUGAACUUUCACCAAUUGAGUUUGUUCCAUAUUGGUGUUUUUUAUUUAACUUUAUUAUAGCUGGUGCUACGGAUAAACCGUCUUUCAAAGAGGUUGUAAAGCACUAUCCAAACUUUAUAUCUAAUAGAUUGAUUCAUCAUUACUAUGCGAAAUUGUACAAGCCAAGAUAUACAUUUUCAGAUAGAAUAGUCGACUACUUUGAAAGCUACUCACCAAAAACAGAUAUACAGAAGAAACUUAUGAAAAGUAUUAUCAACAAUAAGAAUAUUCCUUCACUCAAUCCAAGGAACAAGCGAGAAACUUCCUUAAUGCAAGAAACCAUUCAAUAUUUGAAAAAGCAAUGUCCUGUUCAUUUGUUUUUCAUUACUGGACGUUGGGUUAUAACAUCCAGUCCUGAACAAGAAUUUUCUCUCAAUGCACAAACAAUGGCAACAUUUUACAAAUUAUUGAAGAAUCCAGAUGAGUUGACAGAUGCAUAUCUUGCUUACAAGUUUAAAAGACCAUUUCAAAUUGCAUAGUCACCUUACUUAUUGCUAUUUUUUAAUCUUAACCAACACACUACAUUGAUUGUAAUUCAUAGAGAUACGAAACCAAGUAAUAUUUUUAUCAAAUCAAUUUCAGAUGAUAACAUCCAAAUUGUUUUGGCAAAUGUUGGUCUUGCAAAAC